AUGUCGAACGACAUCGCCGAUUACCUCCCCUCAUAUGCGUCCUACAACUGGACCGGCGCUCCAGCUGACUAUACCUUGGCAACCAAUGCAAGAACAGGAGGAGAUUCGAGACAGGAAAACUUGAAUAAAUGGUACCAAUCAGGUGAUACUGCCUACAUUAUCAUUUCCUCAUGCCUAGUCUUGAUCAUGGUACCGGGGCUCGGUUUCCUCUAUUCUGGACUUGCUCGCAGAAAGUCGGCCUUGUCAAUGAUGUGGGCCUGUAUGGCUGCAGGCAGUGUUAUUAACUUCCAAUGGUACUUCUGGGGAUAUUCGCUCACCUUCUCCCCCACCGGUCAAAGUGGUUUUAUUGGCGAUCUGGUCCACUUUGGUUUGAAACGAGUUCUUGGAAAUCCUAGCCCGGGUUCUCCUCUCGUUUCUAGUCUCCUGUAUUCCUUCUACCAGAUGCAAUUCUGCUGUGUGACAGCUGCUAUCGUUGCAGGUGCUGUCGCUGAACGUGGUCGACUGAUGCCUUUCCUCGUUUGGACCUUCCUCUGGGCCACGCUCGUUUAUAACCCGAUUGCUUGCUGGGCAUGGAACGUCAAUGGAUGGGGAUUCAAGUAUGGAGUAAUGGAUUAUGCCGGGGGUGGACCUGUGGAAAUUGGAUCUGGCAUGUCUGCUUUGGCCUAUUCAAUGGUUCUGGGGAAGAGGCAGGAAAAGAUGAUGCUCAAUUUCCGCCCACAUAACGUGUCCUUCAUUCUCUUGGGCACCGUCUUUCUCUGGUUCGGAUGGCUUGGUUUCAACGGUGGUUCCUCUUUCGGCGCCAACCUGAGAGCUGUCAUGGCUUGCUGGAACUCGAAUUUGACCGCCACAUUUGCCGCAGCAACCUGGGUCCUUCUGGAUUUCCGACUGGCUAGGAAAUGGUCCAUGGUCGGAUGGUGUUCGGGGACAAUUUCGGGUCUAGUUGCGGCCACUCCCGCGUCCGGCUAUCUUGACACUUGGGGCAGCAUCGCUCUAGGUGUUGCGACUGGUGUUGUUUGCAACUUUGCAACCAAGAUCAAGUAUUGGAUCAGAAUCGAUGACUCCAUGGACGUGUUCGCUGAACACGGUGUUGCCGGUAUGGUUGGCCUGAUAUUCAAUGCUCUUCUGGGUGUCGAUUAUGUCGUUGGCCUUGAUGGUGUCAACACUGGAGCCAGUAACCCUGAAACCGGUACUGGUAUCGGAGGAUGGCCGAUUGGUAACUAUCGUCAAUUCUACAUCCAGCUUGCCUAUGUCCUCGCAUGCACCGGCUACGCUUUCGUCAUGAGCGCCAUCCUUGCCUACAUUGUCAACUUUAUCCCAGGCCUCCAUCUCCGCGCCUCCGAAGAAGCUGAACUCCUUGGUAUGGACGACGAUCAGCUCGGUGAAUUUGCCUACGAUUACGUCGAAGUACGUCGUGACUAUCUGGCAUGGACUCCUCAUAAAUCAGAACAGCAUGGAAUCGAUCCUGAGGUGCCCCAGGAGCAACGACAUGGAAUUGAGGAACAUUCGAAGAUGUUCAAGAACGCCGACACCAGCUUCAGCUCGGAACAGAAGGAUCUACCAGCUCAGGGUGAUCGUCAUGCAACGGCGGUGGAGGAUCAAGAGAAGAUCAAACAUGAGGGGGACGCUCCGGCGUCUUAA